AUUGGAAAGACGGGAAGGAAACAGCAGCCACGGGGAACAAGAGGAAGAGAUCUUGACAGCAGAAGAAAGUGCAAGACGGGGCAGAAAGUGCAAGAUAGGGGGUAGGGAGAGAGAGAGAGAGACUGAGAUUUUGGCCGUGAUUCAAUUAGAGGAGCAGACUUGGAUAGAAGGAUUGAGAGAGACAGGAAGAGCCAAGGGAUCGGAGAUAAUAGAGAGGAGAAAAGAAAACCAGAAGAGACAAGGUGAGGCAGAAACAGAGAACAAGACAGGAGACAGACAAAACAAGUGUGGGGAAGAUCAAGUGAGCAGAGACAGGGAGAGAGAGAGGGAGCCACCUAAAGCGACAAAGGACGGACACCGGGCCCCCUCUUCAGUUCCUGGGACCCCUCCAGGGCUGGCUGGGUUAACUGCCCAGACACAGCCCCUUUCUGUGCAUUUCCAAGCCAUUGAUGGAGGAGGUUCGACCUCGGAGCAGCCUCAGCCUGGCCAGCAGCGCCUCCACUGUCUCCUCACUCAGCAGCCUGAGCACGAAGAAGCCUGCCCGAGUGGUAAACAAAGUCCAUGCCUUUGGAAAGAGGAACCAUGCCCUCCGAAGGGACCCCAACUUGCCUGUGCAUAUUCGGGGCUGGCUUCAUAAGCAGGACAGCUCUGGACUCCGGCUGUGGAAACGCCGCUGGUUUGUUCUCUCCGGCCAUUGCCUCUUCUAUUACAAGGACAGUCGAGAGGAGAGUGUCCUGGGCAGUGUCCUGCUCCCCAGCUACAGUGUUAGACCAGAUGGGCCGGGAGCUCCUCGAGGACGACGCUUCACCUUUACCGCUGAACACCCUGGCAUGAGGACUUAUGUUCUAGCAGCUGAUACGUUAGAGGACCUGAGGGGCUGGCUUCGGGCACUGGGCCGGGCCUCAAGAGCAGAGGGAGAAGAUUGUGGGCGAUCCAGGUCACCCGCACGUCCCCAGCCUGGGGAAGGCCCUGGAGGCCCUGGGGGUCCUCCAGAAGUGAGCAGGGGAGAAGGAUGCAUCUCAGAGUCACCAGAGGUGGCUCGGCUCUCCAAAGGUCGUGGCAGAUCCAGGCUGCUCUCUCCCAGCCCUACAUCACACCUGCCAUCUAGCCCAGGAAUGAGGAGGACAAGAAGCCCAGACCUGUUCACACCGCUUUCUCGCCCUCCCUCUCCUCUGAGCCUUCCCCGUCCCUGGUCUGCUCCUGCGCGGCGACCCCCUCCCUCAUCAGGAGAUGCAACCCUCCCUGCCCGACCUCACACCCCUUUAAGUCGCAUCGAUGUCCGGCCUCCUCUGGAUUGGGGUCCCCAGCGACAGACCCUUUCCCGGCCCCCGACUCCCCGCCGAGGAACCGGCUCCGAAGCUGGUGGAGUUCGACCCUCCAAGAGCCCCCAGCACUGGAGUCAGGAGCCCAGGACACAGUAUUCCUCUCAGGCCUCCUCUGGUUCUUCCACUUAUCUCCAGCUCCCCCCAAGACCUCCCGGGACCCGGGCCUCCAUGGUUUUGUUGCCAGGUCCACCCCUGGACUCGGCCUUCCAUCAAAAGUUGGAGACAGAUACUCUGUUGACUAAGUUGUGUGGGCAGGAUCGACUCCUGAGAAGCCUCCAGGAGGACAUCGACCAGCGGCAGGAGGAGAAGGAGCAGCUGGAGGCCGCGUUGGAGCUGACCAGGCAGCAGCUGAGCCAGGCAACCAGGGACGCAGCAGCACCGGGCAGGGCCUGGGGCCACCAGCGCCUCCUGCAGGACCGGCUGGUCAGUGUGAGGGCCGCCCUCUGUCACCUGGCCCAGGAGCGAGAGCGGGUUUGGGAUACUUACAGCGGCUUGGAACAGGAACUAGGGACCUUGAGAGAAACCCUGGAGUAUCUGCUGCACCUUGGGUCCCCCCAGGACAGAGCCUCUGCUCAGCAGCAGCUGUGGAUGGUGGAGGACACACUGGCUGGUCUGGGGGGGCCCCAGAAGCAGCCCCCGCCCACCGAGCCUGAGUCCCCUUCCCCUGCGCUCCAAGGGGAGGAGUCCUCAGAGAGAGAGAGCUUGCCUGAGUCUGCAGGAGUGAGCAUGCCUCGGUCCCCUGAGGCUGACUGGGGGCGGCCCCCCGGACGUGACCAAGGUGACAGUACUCUUGCAAGUCCACACACAACAGGGCUUGAGUCUCCAAGGAUCUCCCGGGCACCCAGCCCUGAGUGUCGCCGCCCUUCUUCCCCACAGCUGGGAACCAAGGCCCCUGUAGCCCGGCCCCGCAUGAGUGCAAGGGAGCAGCUGGAGCGCAUGCGCAGAAACCAGGAACAUGGCCGGCCUCUUCCACGCCCUGCCUCUCCCAGCCUCCUCACCCUAGGGAGGACCCUGUCCACAGCCAGACACCAGCCUGACAUGGAACAAAGGCCUAUCGUAGGAGCUGCAAAAUGGCUCAGAAGCUCAGGGUCCUGGAGUAGUCCCAGGAUCACCACACCAUACUUGCCCACCUCCGACGGUCACCGGGAGCGAGUUCUCAGCCUUUCCCAAGCCCUGGCCACUGAGGCAUCGCAGUGGCACAAAAUCAUGACAGCCACUCCAGGUGGAAAUUCGGAGGCCAGGGGAGACCUUCCCCCUCCGGCACCUCGGCCCCCGGAAGAUUCCACGCCCAGGGUGGCCUCGCCCCUACCAUCUUCUCCCGUGGCCAACUCAGGGUCCAAGGGGUUCCCACGCCCCGGUGGUGGCAGGGGCACAGGCCCCGCCCCCUGGGAAUCCACGUGGGACCCUGGGAACGCCCCGCCCCUGACGCAGGAUGAGGGGGCGUGGCCUCUCCGAGUCACUCUGCUACAGUCCAGUUUCUGACUGGCCCAAACGCCGCGGCCAAUCGGAUCGUGGGGGCGUGGCCCCGGCGGUGCCAGUCUGAACGGUGGGACCACUCUGGGUGCUAAGGAGGCAUGCGCGGCCUCCACCUGUGGUCCGAGUGGGCGUGGUAUCUGUGGUCAAAGAUUGAUUCCCUCCCCACCUCCCCGCCGCUGUCUAAAUUUGGAUUAAAACUUUGAACUUUUA